AUGUUCAGUCCAUUUCGUUCUCUCUCGCUCGUUCUCUCUCUCCCGUUCUCUCUCUCCCGUUCUCUCUCUCCCGUUCUCUCUCUCCCGUUCUCUCUCGCUCGUUCUCUCUCUCCCAUUCUCUCUCCCGUUCUCUCUCGCUCGUUCUCUCUCUCCCGUUCUCUCUCUCCCGUUCUCUCUCUCCCGUUCUCUCUCUCCCGUUCUCUCUCUAUCGUUUUCUCUCUCUCGUUCUCUCUCUCGUUCUCUUUCUCGUUCUCUCUCGUUUUCUUUCUCUCUCGUUCUCUCUCUCUCUCUCUCUCUCUCUCUCUCUCUCUCUCUCUCUCUCUCUCUCUCUCUCUCUCGUUCUCUCUCUCUUUCUUUCUCUCUCUCUCUCUCUCUCUCUCUCUCUCUCUCUCUCUCUCUCUCUCUCUCUCUCUCUCUCUCUUUCGUUCUCCCUCUCUCUUGUUCCCUCUCUCUCGUUCUCUCUCUCGUUCUCUCUCUCGUUCUCUCUCUCUCUCUCUCUCUCUCUCUCUCUCUCUCUCUCUCUCUCUCUCUCUCUCUCUCUCUCUCUCUCUCUCUCUCUCUCUCUCUCUCGUUCCGUCUCUGUCGUUCUCUCGUUCUCUUUUGUCAAAUCUCUCGUUCGUUCUCUCUCGUUCGUCCACUCUCUCGUUCUCGCUCUCUCGUCCUCUCUCUCUCUCUCUCUCUCUCUCUCUCUCUCUCUCUCUCUCUCUCUCUCUCUCUCUCUCUCUCUCUCUCUCUCUCUCUCUCUCUCUCGCUCUCGCUCUCGCUCUCGUACAUUUUCUCCUUGUUAUUUGUCAGCUCUAA